AUGCGCCUUCCAGCGCCGUACAUCCUGUGCUCAGCACUUAUAUCAGUCGGAGGACUUCUGUUCGGACUAGACACCGGAUGUAUCGGUCCCAUCACGACCAUGCCCACUUUCUUGGACUCAUUCGGCCCUCUCUCCUCGACGAUCCACGGUAUCCUGGUCUCCUCGAUCCUCAUACCUGCCUCGUUGACGUCUUUCUUCGCCGGCAACAUCGCAGACUACAUGGGCCGCAUCAUCACCUGCUCUCUCGGCGGCUUGAUUUUUGCAGCAGGAACUGCAUUGGAAGCAGGUGCACAGAACCUCGCCAUGCUUUUUGUAGGACGCUGCAUAACCGGUGUAGGCGAAGGACUAUUCUUGAGCACACUGGUCGUGUAUGUGUGUGAGAUUGCACCUGCAAGACAAAGAGGUGUACUGGCUAGUGUGCAACAGCUUCUGGUCACUAUGGGCAUCGCGGUCGGCUACUUUGUCUGCUAUGGCACGGUCAGAAGCUCGAACACUAGUUUCUCCUGGAGGUUUCCAUUUGCCCUGCAGAGUUUCCUUGCCUUCACCUACGCUCUGCUCACUUUCUUCUUCCUGCCCGAAUCACCACGAUGGCUCAAGAGCAAAGGUCGUAUGGAAGACUCGCAUGACGCGUGGGACAGACUGGGUCUCGCAGACGCCGAGCGCGAGAAGAACGAGCAGCAGAACCAAAACCUCAACAUUCAAGAACCCGAGAGUCUGGCUCUUACGCCUAUUCGCUCACGUCAAAGCGUACACGAUGCACAGCAUACAUCUUGGCUCGCUGUGUUUUCAAAGGGUGCCCGCAAGCGUACUUUCCUAGGCUGCUUUGUGAUGGGUAUGCAGCAGUUGUCAGGAAUCGAUGGUGUGCUUUACUACGCACCACUGCUCUUCCAACAAGCAGGUCUCAACAGCGCGACCUCAUCUUUUCUGGCCUCAGGUGUUUCCGCUCUUCUCAUGUUCCUCAUCACUAUCCCGAGCUUUAUGCUAGCAGACAAAUGGGGCCGUAGGACAUCUACUAUUGUCGGCGGCAUCCUCCUCUCUGGAACCAUGUUCAUCAUCGGCGCUCUCUACGCCUCUGGCACAGUUCACGGCGACCACGGAGCAGCAAGAUGGGUCGUUAUCGUCCUUAUCUACAUCUUCGCCCUCACCUACUGCGCAACCUGGGCCGUAGGAAUCAAGAUCUACGCUUCAGAGAUCCAGUCCCCCAAGACCAGAGCACCCGCUACAUCACUAGCUCAGAGCUCAAACUGGGUGGUCAAUUUUGUCGUUGCGUUUACCACUCCGGUGUUUUUGCAGCAUUCGAGUUCGGGAAUCUACUUCAUGUUUGGUGCUGCUAGUUUGUUGACUGUGGUUGUUUGUGCGACCGAAAUGCCAGAGACGAAGGGCAAGACAUUGGAGGAGAUUGACAAGGCGUUUGAGCAUAGUGACGAGGGUCAGCAGACUUCGAUGAGGAUGAAGGCGUUGAAGUUGUUGAGGAAGUGGCAGCGUGGUCGUCUUAAUCAGCCUAGAGCGACGACCGAGGAGCAUGAGUUGUAA